AUGCCAGAACCUACUGCUCAAGAUUCUGACGAAAUUAAGGCGGCGCGCAAAAAACGUGAAGAUGAUGAGGUGCGUUGUAGAGGUUUUAUUUUAAACUCACUUUCUGAUUAUUUAUAUGAUUUUUUCCAUACUCACAAAUCACCACAAGAAAUUUGGAAAGCCUUGGAACAGAAAUUUACUUCUUUGAAACAAGGAACGGACAGAUUCCUUGGAAUGAAAUUUUCUGAAUUUCAAAUGGUAGAUGGGAAAUCUGUCAUGAAACAUGUUGAUGAGUUGCUUGUCUUGAUAUCUAGACUCAAAGAUUUUAAAGUCGAUGUUUCUGAAUCUCUUCAAGUGGGUGUUGUACUUGCAAAAUUACCAGCCACUUGGAAUGACUAUAGGAAGAAAUUAUUACAUUCUUCCGAAGACUUUAAUGUGGACCAGUUGACAACGCAUAUUCGGAUUGAAAAAGAGUCAAGAAAAUAUGAAAAUAAAUAUGAUGCGGAAACUAGUUCAAAGGUGAAUUAA